UUGUUAAAAGCUCUCGUUGGUAGCUUUGAGGCUCGGUUGCUUGGUAGUAGGUUGUUUUGCUGAUAGCGGCUUGGAGUCCCCAUUUGUAGCCGCUGAACUCCGACACCGUAAAAUCGGUCAUUAACGUCACAGCGGCGCGCAGGACGGGCCUACAGGUCACAGAUGGACCAGCAGGACCAAUCCUAUAUGUUUGCCAGUCUGACACGGCCUCACUCAGAGCAGCUGCUGCAAGGCCUCCAGCUCUUGCGGCAGGAUCACGAACUAUGUGACAUUGUCCUGCGUGUGGGUGAUGCCAAGAUCCAUGCCCAUAAAGUAGUGCUGGCCAGCAUCAGCCCUUACUUCAAGGCUAUGUUCACGGGGAACCUGUCUGAAAAGGAGACUUCUGAGGUGGAAUUCCAGUGCAUUGAUGAAACUGCAUUGCAGGCUAUCGUCGAGUAUGCCUACACUGGCACUGUAUUUAUCUCCCAGGAAACCGUGGAAUCUUUGCUACCGGCUGCCAACUUACUCCAGGUUAAGCUAGUGCUCAAGGAGUGCUGCUCCUUCUUGGAGAGCCAGCUGGAUGCUGGAAACUGUAUCGGCAUUUCCCGUUUUGCAGAGACGUAUGGCUGUCAUGAUCUGUGCCUGGCUGCUACCAAGUUCAUCUGUGAGAACUUUGAGGACGUUUGUCAGACAGAGGAGUUUUUUGAACUGACGAGGGCUGAGUUGGAUGAAAUUGUGUCAAAUGACUGCCUUAAAGUGGUCACAGAAGAGACUGUAUUUUAUGCCCUGGAAUCAUGGAUCAAAUAUGACAUAACUGAGAGACAGCAACACCUGGCUCAGCUGCUGCAUUGUGUUCGCCUUCCGCUCCUCAGUGUCAAAUUUCUCACUCGGCUGUAUGAAGCCAACCACCUUAUACGAGAUGACCACGCAUGCAAGCACCUGCUCAAUGAGGCCCUCAAAUAUCAUUUUAUGCCUGAACACAGACUCUCCUAUCAGACUGUGUUGUCAGCACGGCCCAGGUGUGCGCCGAAGGUGCUGCUUGCAGUUGGAGGCAAGGCUGGACUGUUUGCCACAUUAGAAAGCAUGGAAAUGUAUUUCCCCCAGACGGAUUCGUGGAUAGGACUCGCACCUCUCACUGUCCCACGCAAUGAGUUUGGUGUGGCAGUGCUAAACCACAAGGUGUACGUGGUGGGAGGCAUCGCCACACACAUGAGACAAGGCAUCAGUUAUCGGAGACACGAGAGCACCGUGGAGAGCUGGGACCCUGAAAGCAACACCUGGUCAUCAGUCGAGCGUAUGGCAGAGUGCCGCAGCACCCUAGGAGUGGUGGUCCUGGCCGGAGAGCUCUACGCCCUGGGGGGCUACGACGGCCAAUAUUACCUUCAGUCCGUGGAGAAAUAUGUCCCAAAGUUGAAAGAGUGGCAGCCAGUGGCGCCCAUGACCAAGUCCCGCAGCUGCUUUGCCACUGCAGUGCUGGAUGGCAUGGUGUAUGCUAUCGGAGGCUAUGGCCCAGCCCACAUGAACAGUGUGGAGCGGUACGACCCCAGCAAGGAUGCCUGGGAAAUGGUAGCCCCCAUGGCAGACAAAAGAAUCAACUUUGGAGUUGGGGUCAUGCUGGGCUUCAUAUUUGUGGUGGGUGGACACAACGGGGUAUCGCACCUGUCGAGCAUUGAGAGGUACGAUCCGCACCAGAACCAGUGGACAGCCUGUCGACCGAUGAACGAACCACGUACCGGUGUGGGCUCUGCCAUCGUGGACAACUACCUCUAUGUGGUGGGCGGUCACUCCGGGUCGUCCUACUUGAACACUGUCCAGCGCUAUGACCCCAUCUCAGACAGCUGGUUGGACUCGAGCGGCAUGUUGUACUGCCGCUGUAAUUUCGGCCUGACUGCCCUUUGACCCAUGGCCCAGCCAGCUAGGACCCAAUAAGAGAACUUAGACACAAAGACUUUUCUUUUUUGUUGUCUCCUCCUCCUCUCCCCAUCCAUCCUCCACGUGCAGAGGAGCGCUGCACACCAGUGGGAUCACCAGAGGAGAGAGAGCCUGCUGGGUGGAGUGGAUGUGCCAGAGUAGCUGGCAAGAAGUCCACAGACAUGGCUGCAGAGAUGAAGAGCUACAACGUUGUGUGGAAAACUAAGGAAGAUGGUCGCACGGCUCGGAUCGUCGCAGACAUCAGGGGACGACCGCACUACUGCUGCUGGACCACAAUAAGGACUCUGAGCCAUUUCCCAGAGGAUUGUGGGAGAAAUAUUGUCACUUUUUAUUUCAUAAUUCUGUUUCAGCAGAAUUUGGGGUUUGUUUCCCCUUCAUGCCAUCUAACGCUUUUAUAGUUUCAUCACCAUGUUUUCAAAACACUGCAGUUUGCUUUUUUUCUUUUUGUGUGUGUGCAAAAAGCUGAUUAGAGAGGAGGCAAAAAGAAGUACAACCAUAGAGAAUUCAUUACAAAAGAGAAGAGUAGCAUAGAAAAAAAAAAACAAGAUCGAACAAAUAACCUGUUUGCUUGUGAAUCCGUAUGAAUAUAUCGCGUGUGUGUUUGUCUGCGUGUAUGCUCCGGGAGUACGUGCAUGUCAGAUCGGAAUGUUUCGUUACAUGUUUGUGUGCAGAACUGAUCGACCCUGUGGUUCUGCAUCAAAAUCAGUGCUUCACAAAACAAACGUUAUAAUCUUUAUGUUUUCUUAAAAAGGGCUGCCUUUUUUUCCCCCUCUCUUGUUAAUGGUCGAAAACGAAAUAUGUAGAUAUGAAUAUAUCCUCCAGUGCAUUGCCUGUAAAUGUUUUUCUGCAUUGGAUCACUGGUGAGCGAAUGCCAGUAGUGUGUUUUUAGGGGUCAACGGGGAGAUGACAUUAGUGAUGUAAAAAAAAAAAAAAAUAAUAAUAAUAAUAAUCCCCGUAUCCUACCAUUUUGCGUCGUCCUAAGGUCACAGGUUAUGAACUCGCUUCUCUUAACAAUCAUUGGAAUUGACCUUGGCCCUCAUUUCACCCUUUGGUCUGUAUACAAUACCAACUGGUGCUAUAUUUAGUAUUCAGGAUGUAGCUGUCUGUGUUGCCUCCCACAACUGGGUCAACCUCUGUUCAGUGUCUACUUCACUACCACGUCAAACGUUCAGUCAUUUAAAAUUAUGUGCAUUUAAAUACGUCAAAUAACUGACAUGCCCCCA